CCCUCUCACGCAAAACAAAUUAAUAUUCCAAACCAUAAUCAUCUAUGUAGACUAUGUUUAAAAUUUCUCCUCCUCAAUAAAACAUAAAUCAUAUGAUCAAAUGGUAAUAAAACCCCAAAACAAAGGGCAAAAACACCAAGAUGAGAACUCCCCACUACAUUAAAGAAAACUUCUUUUAAGUUCUUGGUCGUAAGUCUUAACCGUACACCUUUCCUCUUUCUCCUCUCUCACUCUGUCUCUUUGUUUAUAUAAAUACCUCUUCUUGCAAGUUCUAACCCCUCACGAAACAAAAGAGACACACACACAAAGAAGAUGAGCUACUCCAGCGGCCGCAGUUGCCACCACCACCUUCUUCUCUUCUCCUUCUUCUUCCUCCUCCUCCGAACAUCUCCGGCCACCGUGACAGCCGUCGAAGACGAUGGUGCCACGACGGCGGUUACUGUACCCUCUAGCAGAGAAGAAAUGAUGCAGUUGGCUGGUUACGGGGAAGAGAAGCUCUCAACCGUUUUGGUCACCGGCUCCCUCGUCUGCCACGCUUGCUCGCCACCACCAUCUUCCCAUGAUCCUCCUCGUGCUAAUGAGAAUCAUGAUCAUGGUGACGAUGAUCAUCAGCUCCAUGAAUGGCCCAUUCCAGGUGCUUUGGUGGCUGUCAACUGCCUAACCAGAGGGAACAACAGGAGAUCGGCUUCUGUACAAACCUUGACAGACGAAUUCGGAGAUUUCGCGAUCGAUCUUCCUUCGGAGCUCCAUGGCAUACCUGAAAUGGACAAGACAUGUUGUGUUAACGUUCUUAGGAUGCCAAAGAAGACAAUUUGCAGACCAGCUUAUGUCCAGAAACACAAGGCCUUGGAGUUGUCCUCUGUUGGCAAUGGCAUCCGAAAUUACUCUGCUGGGAAGAUAACGUUCCUGCAUUCAGCUUCUAAACCUCUGCAAGCAUGUUCUAAGACCAGACAUAACAUUGAAACAGAGAUUGCAAAAUAGAUGAUGGGAUGGCAGACCUUUUGGAUUCCUUGUGAUGGCGCUACUAGUCACAGCUGGGAGUUCCAAGGUUCCUUUUUCUCAUUGUCUGUGAAGUAUGUAAGAUACACAAUAUAGGAAACAUAGAUGCGGUGUGUAUGUAAAUAUUGAGUGUUUGCACAUGAUUUAAGUGUGGAAAUGAGACACUACUGAUGAACUGUGUGUGACAAAAAAAUCUUACAAUCCUGA